AAUGUGAGCAGCGUGACCUUCCACUUCUUAAAUAGUUCUGGGAAUGCCUCUGCAGGACUGCCACGAACUACAAACAGCCUGAGGAGACACCACAACCUUUGAGUGCUCAAAAACCAAGAAAGCGCCAAAGACUAGAAGAGCACCUUUGCAAGUGGGGUGCCGCCGGGGAGCGAUCCAGCAAAGGUUCUUUCGCGUCAUCUAGAGAACUUUCAAAGCGCCACAAGAUCCUCCCCCUUUGCACAAAAAACCCAAAACAAAGCAGCGUCAGGGGGCACCCGAGAGGCGAAGAGGGAAGUAGCCCCGGCAAGUUCCUCCGGAGGCGGCAGGGACCGAUCGCGCCCACUUCGGAGGGGAUCUGCUUCGCCCCGGCUCCUCGAUCGCCAGAAGGAAAGGGAACCGGACCGAAUUGUGACCAUCGCGGCAGGAUUUUACGCGGCUUCGCUGUGGCCCGAGCUCACUUGCAGAAGGAAAGAUCGAUGUGGAAACAGAAUGGAACAGCCUUGUGAAUGAACACAUGCAAAACGGCUGCGAGCCAGAACUGAUCAGUCCAUCCCUAAAAGACAGUCUUGCUAUUGGGAUGGCAGGCUGGUUCAAGGCGCUUCUGCAGAAGUCCAGAAACACUUCCAACUCCUCAAAAUGCCACUUGAACAAUAUUUCUAAGCAUUCGCCUUCACCUCCGUUGAGUAGUUCCAGCACCCCAACAAGCAACUCGACAGCCAGCCCCAAACAGGUGCCCUCUGCCUCCCAGGUAAGCGUCAGCAUCUCAGGCAGCGCCCGCUGGAACAAGCUGUAUGACGUGUGCAUCUGCCACAACGAGGGCGACCUUGGGUUUGUGGAGCAGCUGGUCUCCUACUUGGAGAGCCAGCCAGAACGCUUCCGUUGCUUCCUCCAGCCCCGGGACUCUGCCCCGGGGGGUGCCAUCGUCACGGAGCUGUGUGACGCCGUCCAGAACAGCCACUGCUGGGUGCUGCUCAUCACGCCCAACUUCCUUAAGGAUCCUUGGUGCCGUUACCAAAUGCACCAGGCUUUGACGGAGGCGCCCAUGGCGAACGGGCGCACCAUACCGGUGCUGAAGGACAUGGACCGCAAAGACUAUCCCCGGGAGCUCCGAUGCCUCUAUUACAUCAGCGUGAUGCUCCAAGAGACCAGCUUCAGGCAAAUCAGAGAGACGGUGCUGCGCUAUCUUCAGGAGCUCUGUCAGAACACAAGCAGAAGAGGCGAACUGGAGAUCCUUCAACAGAAUAAAGGCUGAGCCAAAGGAACAUCUUGUUGUGCAUCUGGGAUUGGUGAAGAAGUCUUCGUGGUGUUCUCUCUCUCUAGCGGACCUGACCUCUCACACGGUUUGAAGGGCAGAUCCCAUCCUAGCUUGCAGUUCACAGUCUGGAAAGGUCACAAACUGGUUAUCAGUCUGGUGUGCUUUAUGCUCUGAUAGUCCUAACUGGAAUGAUUGUGUUAGUUCUGCCCACCACAAUCAUAGGGACACUAAUAUUAACACUUGGGCCGUGCUGGAAAAUAUUGAAGUGUGAGCUGCCCCAGUUCACAGUGCCAGCCUGCCAGCCCUGCCCUCUCAGCCCCCAAUUUCUCACCCUUUGCCACAACAGUAAUUUUGUGCCCAUUGUAGAUGCCAGGUUCUCAUUGUGCCCAAUUUAGCUUCUCUCGCCCGCAAAAACAAACACUUGAGUUUCUUCUAUUUUUAAGUUUGGGUCUCCCUCAAUGAAGGAUUACCAUUUUUGCCCCAGAAUCCUCCAGAAAGCUUGUGACUAGCCAGAAAUUUGAAAGAAGUCUUAUCUGACACAAGGUUUCAUCAUAGGCCUGACUGCUAAACUGUAUCUGAAAUUUGGACCUUUUCUGUCAUGCUUGGGUUGAAGGCACAUUCAUUUUUUUUCACUUGACUUUUACCGUAUACACCAGGGUAGUCCAACACGUGGACUGAGGGCCACACAUGGCCCUCAAAGGCCUUUUUGGCAGCCUUCGGCAACAUUUGGACCCCCUCCCCUCUCGCUUCCUUCCCAAAGGAAGGCGUGAGGGCUCUGAUAGGGUCCUAGCAUCUUCCUGCCUCCUUCACAAAGGCUAGUUAGCAUACUCUCCCAGCUUUGGGAAGGAGAUAGGAGGGGUCUUGGACCCUGUCAGAGCCUUGUGCCUCCUUUCCAAAGCCCAGUGCAUUGGAAAGGCAGUUUGAGGGCUGGGAGAGGUAUCAAAUUUUGGCCUUGCUCCAUUCACCCUCCUUGCACCAUGCAACAAGGCAGUGUGUGACCUGCAGGUUCCAUGUCGAAUUAUCCUUGCAGCCCAGUUGGUAUGAAAGCUAGGACCACCCUGAUGUAGACCAAGACCAAAUGACCUUGUUAUGCUGCUGUUCAAGAUUGUAUAGGUGGGGAAACUUUUGCAGCCCAAAGGCCACAUUCCCUUCUAGGCAGCCUUCUGAAGGCCAAGUGUUAACGGUGGGCAGGGCCAGAGAAGAAGAAGAGGAGGAGUUUGGAUUUGAUAUCCCGCUUUAUCACUACCCUAAGGAGUCUCAAAGCGGCUAACAAUCUCCUUUCCCUUCCUCCCCCACAACAAACACUCUGAGGUGAGUGGGGCUGAGAGACUUCAGAGAAGUGUGACUAGCCCAAGGUCACCCAGCAGCUGCAUGUGGAGAAGCGGAGACGUGAACCCGGUUCACCAGAUUACGAGUCCAUUACUCUUAACCACUACACCACACUGGGAAAAGUGGAAGAAGCAGUAAACGAAAAUGUCACCUUUAAGCUAGUUUCUACAGACUCUCCCACACACCCCUCUCUAUCCUCCAUCCAGGCAAUAAAAGGGGUAUUAUCAGAGUUCAAGGACACAGUUGAGCCAAGCAAAAACACAUGGGCUGUGAGGGAGAGGCAGUGAGGGGUAUGGCCUGGAGCAAAUUCUAGGGCCAGACAGGCGAGGGCCACAUUAGGGACACCCAGGCCUGACAUUCCCCACCCCUGACAUGUUUAAUCUGCUCUGACCUCUCCUUCAAUCCACCACAUGCAAAUUUGGAUGAAAAUAAUAAGCUGCAUUCUGGAUUUCUUCCCUACCACGACCUGGAUGAAUCAGCCAGUGAGUGGAUAGAGUGGGAAGAAAGUUAAUACUCCAUCUAAUACUUAACAAUUUUCUCGUCCACUACAAAUUUUAGCCCAGGAAGUAGGGACCCUGUAGUCUUCCAGAUGGUGUUGGACCUCUCAUCAGCCUGCAUGGCUAGUGGCCAAGGAUGACAAAGACUGUAGUCUAGCACCAGAAGUUCUCCAUCUCUGUUACAGCCUAUGGAAUGGGUGUCUCAAUGUAUUAUUUGGAUGUUCAGUUUGUUUUGCAGGCCACUUCGCCAAGAAGCAGAGAUAAGGGCAGACCUUUUGCUGUCGAUGCCUAUUUUUGUAAUGUUAUAGAAUGUGAUUUUUGUGUGUUUAAGUCAAAACUUAAUUCAUUCACUUAACUUUUCUCUAAGUAAAUGUAUUUGGAGUAGA